AUGGGGGACGAUCCGGGAAGGCUGUAUCGACUGGAUGGAGUCGCUCAUAUAGCCGGGGUGAUCAACGACGAGCCCCGGCGUUGCAUAUCGAGCAUGCGGCGGCAACAGAGGAUGCGACUGGAUGAGAGGUACGUUCCGUACUUGCAGAUGGCCGGAUUAUACCAUCUUGCGAGACUGAACGACAGAUUGUUCAGAUUGGACGAGCCCCUUGUGAGUGCCUUCGUGAAGCGGUGGCGUCCGGAGACGCACACGUUCCACAUGCUGUUCGGAGAGUGCACGAUCACACUUCAGGACGUUGUGUACCAGUUGGGGUUGCCAGUGGAUGAACGUUACGUCAGUGGUUGCCUGACAGACUUCCACGUAUAUAUAGAGGGUGACAAGCCAGCUUGGCAGUGGUUCCAUGAGUUGCUCGGUGUGUUACCUCCCGCGAACCAGAUACAGAAGUUCGCAGUGAACUAUACCUGGUUCCAGGAGACUUUUGGAGAGUGCCCUGAGGAGGCAGAUGAGGAGACGGUGAGGCGCUUUACCCGUGCCUAUAUCAUGAUGUUAUUGGGCACCCAGCUGUUUGACGACAAGUCAGGCAAUCGUAUACACAUCAGAUGGUUACCGUUUGUGGCUAGGCUUGAGGAGAUGGGUGGCUAUAGCUGGCGGUCGGCGACACUAGCAUGGUUGUACCGGUGCAUAUGCUGA